AAAUGAAAUGAAAUAGAGGUUUAAACUUAAGUACUGUUGCAUAAUUCUUUCUCAUUUUCUUGUAAUUCUUUUUUCUUUUUAUAUAUAAAGGCCGGAAAAAUCUACUGUUUAAACGAUUAAAUAAAAAUGCCGUCUGUAAUGGCAGAUCUUAUAUCUCUCAUUGAUCAUCAUAUUCCUGAAGGUCAACAAUCUUUGUUAGAUAGCCAUUCAAACUUGGAGAAGGUGGCUGAAUACUGUGAAGCUAACUAUUUUCAAGCUGAAAAUAAGAGAUUAGCUCUAGAAGAAACCAAAAACUACACUACUCAGUCUCUUGCUAGUGUUGCUUAUCAGUUAAAUACUUUAGCCUACAACUUAUUACAUAUGCUUGAUUUGCAAACAACUCAGCUAGCAGAAAUGGAGUCUCAAAUUAACCAUAUAUCACAAACUGUCAUGAUUCACAAAGAAAAAAUUGCUAGAAGAGAAAUUGGAGUUUUAACUACAAAUAAAAAUACAGUGAGGCAUCAUAAAAUAUUAGCCCCUGCUAACCAAGAGCGCCCUAUUAAAUAUGUCCGAAAACCAAUUGACUACACUAUUCUGGACAAUGUUGGUCAUGGGGUUAAAUCUACUAGCAAUGCCCCUUGGUCAAGAAAUACCCUUACUUCUGUUUCUCAGAGUACACUUAAUGGAGGUAGUGCUGGACCAGCUCCAACCAGUAAACCACCCACUCCUCCACAACCUGUCCGACCUGGUGGUAGUUUAUCUCGGGGUACCAAAGAAUACCGAACUCCUGUUCCACCAAUUGCACCACCUCAAGUACCUAGUGAUUAUGCUCCUAAUUAUCCAAUAGGUCAUCCUCGAGCACAAGAAACAAAAAGAACUUCUGGAUAUUCAACUUUGCCAAUGGCUUUCUCUUCUUCACAAUCAUCUCAGGGUAUGAUUUCUUCAAAACCACAAAUUGGUAUGGUUCAUCCAAUGACUCAUGCCCAUCAUUCCAAUACAGUUGGAUCUUCUAUGAUUCCUCCUCCACCACCACCACCAGACUUGAAUGAUAAAUUUCCAGAACCUCCUGCUUCUAUUUCAAGAGAUUUUGAUCAUCCUAGAAAUGCCUCUCCUCCUUUACCUCCACCACCUCCUGAAGAUGAUAGUUUGUAUAAUCAAAAUUAUAAUCCUCCAUCUCCACCUUUUCUUCACCGAAAUCAUGAUCCUGAUUGGGUUCCAAAGAACUAUCUUGAAAAGGUUGUGGCUAUUUAUGAUUAUGCAGCUGAUAAAGAAGAUGAGCUUUCUUUCUCUGAGAAUGCAAUUAUUUAUGUUCUGAAGAAAAAUGAUGAUGGAUGGUAUGAAGGUGUAAUGAAUGGAAUAACAGGUCUUUUUCCUGGAAACUAUGUUGAACCAUGCUUAUAAAAACAUUGAUAUAUAAUGGAGUGUUUUAUAAAUGAUGAAAUUGGAGAAAUUUCUGAUACCAAAGGAACAUUUGCAUAUAUCUGAAAAAGAAAUUUUGACUUUAUGAAAAAUUAUAUAUUAUUCUAAAUAUUCAAUAUAUAGUAAUUUUUCAUAUUAUUCAAAGAAUAAGACAUAAAAUAAUUCACAUUAUUUUCAUUUGCAGACUUAUGAAUAAAUCAUUCAUAAACUUCCCCACAACUCCAGGUUUGGAUAUUUAAGUUGUCUAAAAUAAUUUGAAAAUUUUCAUAUAGAUUGACUUUAAUAUACUGUAUCAUAUUUCAGAUUGGUACUUUUCUUGAUAAUAUAAAAAAAUAGAUAAUUCUGAGAUUACUUGAAAAGUAAUAUCUUGAUUAAUUGUGAUUGUAAAUUUAUGUAAUGUUCAAAACAUUGUCUUUUCAAAAAGACACUUUUCCAUGUAUGAGGCUUAUCAGAGGAAGAUUUCUUUGAAAUUUAACUUCAUUUCACUUCUCUAAUAUCUCUUGAACGAUUAAGAAUUCGCGUCAUAUUUCAAUAUGUCAUUUUCCUGUUUUACCAAAGUUUUUAGUUUUUUCCAUUCAAUUAAUUGGUUUUCAAUUUAUAUAAAAAGAAUGCAUAUGAAUAUUUUACAAAAAGUCAUGUUUGUAGUAUUAAAUACUUCACAAUGGAUAUUGUUUCACUCAGUCGCUCUUUACUAGAUUAUCUGGUUGGCUCAAUGAAAGGAAUUUUUAAUAUUUUAUGCAAGAUUUAAUUAUGACUGUAAUUUAUAUGUGUGAAAAUUUUAAGAUUAAUUGUUGUACCGCCGUAUUCUUUAAAAUUGUAUUUGUUAUCUCAAAGUUAGCUACAGAUUUUCAAAAAUACAUUUUUAGAAAAUAUUUAAUAUUAAUUUUUUUAUGAUUAUGUUAAUACAAGGUAUUUGAAUUUUUAGAAAUAAGCUGUAAGUUGCAAGAAAUUCUUGUUUUUAAAUCUGACUAAUUUUAGAUUUUUUAAAAAUGUAUUUUAAUAUCUUAGUUUAAAAUAGAAUAAUCUUUUAGGGAUUGUGAGAGAGAAGGAUCUCAUACGUUAUAUUGUGUAUUAUUAUUUUUUUAAUCAAAAAGGAUAUAGCUUUUAAUACACUGAUACGCUUUUUCAAUCUAAAAAUUUGCUAGUAAUUGAAAUUAUUUGAGACUUCUUGAUAUCUCGAGGCCAUUUUAUUAGUAUGCCAAACAUUUAACAACAUACAUUUCGUGUGGCAUCUAUUGUGGAGGUAAAUUAAGAAAAAGCGAUAUCCGCACCUGUCCAUUUAAGUGAUAUCAUCAUCCAAGUUGAAAAUGAUUGGUUCUAUUUUUGAGGAGAAGCCGUUUCUCUAAUAAAGAACAAGUUUCGCAAAUCAGAAAUUUGCAUUUCGUGUGGCAUCUAUUGUAUAUAUAGAUUAAGAAAAAACGAUAUCUGCACCUGUCAAUUUCAAUGAUAUCAUAAUCCAAGGUGAAAACGAUUGGUUCAAUUUUGAGAAGAAGAAGCCGUUUCUCUGGUCCGGAACAAAUUUCUCAAAGUAGAUAUUCGAACUUUUUCUUGAUAUCUCGAGGACAUUUUAUUAGUAUGCCAAGUAUUUCGUGUGUCAUCUAUUGUGGAAAUAUAUUAAGAAAAGGCGAUAUGUGCAUCUUUCUAUUUCAUUGAUAUCAUCAUCCAAGAUGAAAAUAAUUGGUUCAGUUUUUGUUUGAAGGCGGUUCUCUAAUUAGGAACAGGUUUCGCAAAGCAGAAAUUCGAACUUUUUCUUGAUAUCUCGAGGACGUUUUAUUAGUAUGGCAAACAGUUAACAACAUGUAUAUCGUGUGGCAUCUUUUGUGGAUCUAAAUUUUAAAAAAGCUAUAUCUGCACCUUUCUAUUUCAGUGAUAUCCUCAUAAUAGUAAAAUAUGAUUGGUUCAGUUUUUGAGUAGUAGAAGCCAUUUCUGUGCUGAGAAACUGGUCUCCCAAAAUAGUAAUUCUAACUUUCUGUUGGCAUCUGGAUGAUAUUUCAUUAGUAUGCCAAAAAUUUAACAUUCAAACGGAACGACAAUCGCAAUGAAUAAAUGUUCAUAAAGUAAAUGUAGAAAGUUAAAACAUCCCUAACUGAUAAGGAUUCAAAUAUUUUUUUAAAUAAAUUCGUUAGUAAAAUUAAAAUUUUGUUGAGAUUUUAAGUAAUUUUUUAUUGCUUCGGCAGAUUUUUUUAAUAGCAGCCGCCCCCUUUUUUUUAUUAUUAUUUGCAGUUUGCCGAUAUAAAGUAGUGCAAUGAAGUGAAUUUCGACCAAUUUGAAUGCAUCAUUAAUUUAUAUGUACUUUUUUUUAAGAAAGGAUUUAAGAAAAAUUUUCUAUAAAACUUAUUGAUUGAAGAUAGUAUACUAUGUUGUAAGGGGGAAAAAAUCAUGAUUCGAAUAUUAAAAAAAAUAUAUCUAUUUGUAUAUGUAUAUAUUUGUUAUUUUUUCUAUUUAUUCUUAGUUUUCUUUACCUCUUUUUUGUAUUUUUAUGCACAUUUUAGUUUCCUUAUUUGAAUAAAAUGUCCAUUGUCGAUAUUUAUAUAUAUGUAUAUAAACUGAACAAUAUAUAUAUCUUGCGAAAUAAUGUUUCAAUUUGCUUUAACAAUCAUGAUAUUUACAGUUAUGAAUUUUGAGAAUAGGUGAAAGAAUUUUUAACAAUUAAUUAUCGAUAUUUAAUUUUAAAUUGUCUGAAUGUUAUAUGCUACUGAAGUAACAGAGAAAAAUAACUCAACAAAAUAAAAGCUGAAAUUACCUUCAAUUUAACAUAAAAUAAUAAGCAGAUUGUUGAAAUGCUUUUUCUGUUACAUUAAUUUUGAAACUGUAAGUCGAAUAAUUUCUGAAAAUAUUUUUAGACAUCUAUCAUAAAAUAUUUAUCUGGAUUUAAUUUUUAAUAGAUUUAUUUAAUUUUUAAUAGAUUUAAGAAAAGUUCAAAAAUGCGGUUUGUUCAUUGAAUUUUAAUCAUCUCCCAUUUAGUAAUUGCAGAUGAAAAUCAAAUUAAUGUAGAAUAUUUUUUAAAUUAAGAUGUAGAAUAAUUUUAAUUAUGAGGAAUUCGAUUAAUAUUAAUACUUUUUUUUUAUAAAUGUUUAUCUGAUUAAGAAAUAUCUUAUUCAUAUUCAGUAUGUGAAAUAUGUUUGUGUUUUUUAUAUAUGGUUCCCAUAAUUACAAUUGUCUGUGGGCUGUUUUUUUUUUUUCUCCGCAAGAAAAUUUGCAAAACUAUUUUUUAAUAGUUUAAUUUAGCAAAAAUUGUUUUUAAAGGAUGCAGCUUGAAUCUUUUUAUUUCAAACUCCUAUUAUUAUUUGUAUCGUAUUCGUAUUAUAAUAUUACGAUAUCGAAUAAUAAUCGAGUUUAAUAUUUGUAAUAAUCGUAAUAUUAUUUGUGUAACUUUUUUCUAUUUAAUUUUGAAGAAAAUAUUUUGCUGUCAUUUAAAAAGGGUUUGAAACAUAUGUAUUAUUAUUGUAAUUUCGCAGCUAUAUAUUGACCAUGCUAUUUGUUAUAAAUAUACCUAUAUUUCUCUGAGGAUAUGAAAUAUAGGUAAUGAUAGUCUAUGCUUACUGUAUAAUUGAAAAUUCAAAUAAAAAAGUAGU